AUGCUAGUCGGAUGUCAUUCAGAAGAACCAGAUGGUAAAAGAAAUGCACUUCCCUCGUCUCCAGUGAGUGAGGGUCUGUCAGAAGGAGCCCGGCUGAUCUCGGACCUCCAGAGCUACCAGUGGCAGAGGCUGAGUGAGCCACCCUCUCUGGACAAGAGCAGGCACACAGUCCUCCCUCCACCCUCCCAGCAGGAAAGAGGCACCGCUACCAAACUGGUCACCCAGUUGGCGGUGCUGACUGCUCAGACAAGGCCUGGAGAUUUGGUUCAAGUUUCCUCUCUUCGUGGAGCUAUGGGCCUCCCGGCAGAGAAUGAAGCCCCCUCUCUUUCCUCCCCGCAAGACCCCAUGUCACCUCCCUCUCAGAGUGCUACUGACACUGACCAACAACACACCAAUUCCACAUAGCCCACUGGGUGCACAACGGCCAUUAUCUACCACUCACACAUCACAAUAGUUGUGUGUAUAUACCUACCGAAGAUUAUAAGGAAUUUCCUGCUCCUGAAUAGCUCCUACCCACACUGCCAGUUUUUGCCUUUUAUGGCCAACAUCUCUACAACCCAAACCUCCAGCCAUGAAUAUCCACUCGAAAAUUCCAUGUAUUAUUGUUACACAUUUUGAGAGAAAAAUCUAAAAGGCGUGCUGUAAGUCACACAAUACCUAAGCAGAAGUGAUGUACAAGAGAAACACGCACCUCUGCAUAAUGAUAAUGCUUGAUAUACCUAGUGCAAAACUUACAUUUACAAUGACAAUGACUAAGGGGCUACCCUGGCGCUACUAGUGGUAGGAAUAGCAGUUUUAAAAAGGUCUUGCACAAAUUAGAACUAGAAAUGUGGGCGCAUCUGUGACUCUCUGACGGCUCCGCAGUGUCUAUUUUCCUGUGCCGUAUGCUGCACCACUAGCCGCUUCUAAAAUCUUCAAGAUUUUCUCCUGCUUUAGCUCGCUCUUCUCGUCUGCCAGGAUUUCCUUUCCAAAAUUCUAGGCCACACUGCUUUGACGAAGGCUUUGUCUGUGCUGACUUUCGCCUUCUUCAGGGGGGACACGCUCGGCCCAAUCCACGUAAUGAAGGCGAACUUGGCUCUGCGGCUCAUCUCGUCGCCCGUCUCAAACCGGACGUAGGCGUAGACUCUCUCGUCAUCUUAGGAAGAGAGAGAGAAAAAGGUAAGUCUGUGUCCCACGUCAGUCGACCACUGCUGCGCCGCUGCCGCUUACCGCCCAUAAGGCCCAGAAGCUCG